GUAUUACCAGUUUUGUUCCUGUUGGGGUCACUGUUUUCCUGUGGUCGAGUGGAGGCAGAUUCCACCACAGCUGAAAUGCUGAAAGAGGCUGCACUCCAAUGGCAGGGACCCCUGACUUGUAACAAGUGGGACUGCAACUGUACUUUUACCAAGCAGCGUGGCUGCUGCUGUGCAGCCAAUGAACUGUACAGUCUGGAAGACGAGACCUUCAUUAGGAUGAAACAUUUGUGGAUCAAAAUCGCGGCACUGAAUAGCAGAGUAAAGAUGCUCAUUGAUGGUACCAAGAUUGCCUUCAAGGCCACCAUUAACCCAAGCAUUGGCGUUAAUGAAGGCUGCUUUGGGCCUUUCAAUUUCAACGUGCCAAUCCCCUACGGCAUUGUCAGCCUCAAUGAUGGCAAUGGAUACAAGUGUAGCUUGGGUACCUUCACCGCCCCUUGUGCUGGUGUUUAUGUCUUUUCCAUCACAGUCUAUUCAUCUGUGGGUUCGAUGGAGCGCCUCUUCCAUCAAGUGCAGCUGAUGAAGAAUAUGAUGACAGUGGGCAGUGUGUGGGAGAACAACCGAGAGGAUAAUGAAGACAGCGCCACCCAGAUUGCGGUUGUGGAGCUGAUGAAAGGCGAUCAGGUGUAUGCAGUGCUGAUGUCUGGAAGGAAACUCUGCAGUUCUCUGCAGCGCAACAUCUUCACUGGUUACAUACUCUACCCUUAUUCUGACGACACUUCGCCCUACUACGACUACAGUAAAUGAAUCAAUUUGUCUUCACACAGCUGAAAUCCAAAACCCUGUGGUCUUCGUCUUCAUUGGCCCAACAGAUGUAGGUUUGUGAUCUAUUGCGGGACAAGUCCCAUAGUUAAUGAACCUCUGCAGUAGAUAGAAACAAAAUAAGAUGCAUGUCAUACACACAGGAUCAUAUACAAAAAAAACACAUUUUUGCACAGCACAAAAACAGCAUUGUUUGGAAACAUUUGCAUUAGUAAAACAUAUAUAUAUGUAUAUAUAUAUAUAUAUGUUUUUGAUUAUAUUACUACAGCUACAAUGACAAUCUGUGUAAGAAGUGUGAGAUGGUUUUGAUCAAGAAAUAAUAAAAGUUAAUUUGACAA